AUGUCGCAAACGCCGCCACCAAACGGAGGAAACAAGGCUCCGGAGGCGAUGGACGUCGACGAAAUCGACGAGGAGAUUCUGAGAAUGUCGACGGACGAUCUGAAAAGCCGCACACAUUUGCUUGACAACGAGAUUCGUAUCAUGAGAAGCGAGGUGCAAAGAAUUAACCACUCGGCGACCACUCUCAAAGAGCGCAUCAAGGAGAACACUGAGCGCAUCAAGGUUGGUCAAAAAACUCAUCCCAACUGCAAAGUUGAUACUUUUUCAGGUGAACAAAACGCUGCCGUACCUGGUGUCGAACGUCGUCGAACUACUCGAUCUGGAGGACAAUCUCGAGGAGGAGGGCGCCAAUAUCGACCUCGACGCGCAGAAAACCAAGUGCGCCGUGAUCAAAACCUCCACACGCGCUACCUACUUUCUGCCCGUCGUCGGACUCGUCGAUCCGGACGAGCUGAAGCCCGGCGACCUGGUUGGAGUGAACAAGGACUCGUACCUGAUCCUCGAGAAGCUGCCCGCCGAGUACGACUCGCGCGUCAAGGCGAUGGAGGUGGACGAGCGGCCGACGGAGCAGUACUCGGACAUUGGCGGCUGCGACAAGCAGAUCCAGGAGCUCAUCGAGGCCGUCGUGCUGCCGAUGACCCACAAGGACCGAUUCGUGAAUCUGGGCAUCCAUCCGCCAAAGGGUGUCCUCAUGUACGGACCUCCCGGUUAGUACUGAAAUGCUGAGAUUUCAACCCAAUUCCAUUCAAAUUUGAGCAGUUUUGCGUAGUUUCAACUGACAGAGCUCGAAUAUUGAAAAUUUCCUAAAAUUCAGGAACCGGAAAGACGAUGAUGGCUCGUGCGGUGGCCGCCCAGACCAAGUCGACGUUCCUGAAGCUGGCCGGUCCGCAACUCGUUCAAAUGUUUAUCGGAGACGGCGCAAAACUGGUGCGCGACGCAUUUGCACUGGCCAAAGAGAAGGCGCCGGCGAUCAUCUUCAUCGACGAGCUCGACGCGAUCGGCACGAAGCGUUUCGACUCGGAGAAGGCGGGAGAUCGCGAAGUGCAGAGGACGAUGCUCGAACUGCUCAACCAGUUGGACGGAUUCCAGCCGAACGACGAGAUCAAGGUGGGAAAUGGGGAUUUCCUCCCAAUAAAUGUCAUUUCCCUCGCAGGUAAUCGCCGCCACCAACAGAAUCGACGUGCUCGACCCGGCUCUGCUCCGUUCGGGCCGUCUCGACCGCAAAAUCGAACUGCCGCAUCCGAACGAGGACGCACGCGCCAGAAUCAUGCAGAUCCACUCGAGAAAGAUGAAUGUCAAGUGAGAUUUCCUCCCCAAUUUCUCCCCGAAAACAGUAAAAUUUUCAGCAAAGACGUGAAUUUCGAGGAGCUAGCCCGUUGCACUGACGAUUUCAACGGGGCACAGUGCAAAGCGGUGUGCGUCGAGGCCGGAAUGAUUGCUUUGCGUCGUGACGCGACCGAAAUCCUCCACGAAGACUUUAUGGACGCGAUUCUGGAGGUGCAGGCGAAGAAGAAGGCGUCGCUCAACUACUACGCCUAA